AUGAAGCAAUCAAGACAAUCUGCCAAAGUCGCCUAUCAAGGCUUAAAGGAGUUUGUCAAAUUUGGAAAAUUUGCUGAGAUAGAAGGUGUUCAAGCUACUAGUACUCCAAUUGCUAUAGUGGCAGAAGAACAUGUGGCACCAUCAAGGUCAAAUCUCAGUUUUUCGUUUGAUGUUUUUGAUGAUGAUGUUGAUGAUGAUGAUGAUGAUUCCGAUGAUGAUGAUGAUGACGUGAAUUUUCGUCUGUUUGUACCACCUAAGGAGCAAGUCAAUGAAGCUGUGAUUACUCCAGUUGAGACAGAAACUGAAAUCAAUAUUUUCAAGCAACAGAACAUUCCAACGCCCGAACAGAUGGAAGCACUUAUUAAGGAAUUAUAG